AGUAAAUUAGCCUAAUCCACAUUCAUUCAUAGCUUACACUUAAAACAGGCAGCGGCAAAACGGUGCGUCAUUAAACCACUUUGUCAGUUUCAGGAAAAGACAGCGAGUGAGCGUGUGUAGUUAGCAUGGCAGAAGCUCACCAGGCAGUGGCAUUCCAGUUCACUGUCACACCCGAUGGCAUCGACCUGCAGCUGUGUCACGAGGCCCUGCGCCAAAUCUACCUUUCUGGACUUCACUCCUGGAAGAAGAGGUUCAUCAGGUUUAAGAAUGGUGUCAUGACAGGGGUCUAUCCAGGAAGUCCCUCAGGGCUUGUGGUUGUUUUGGUGGGUUACAUGUCCACCACCAAAUAUGCCAAAAUAGACCCCUCCCUUGGGCUGUUCACUAAGCUGUCAACACACCUACCAGUCAGCAAAUACAUAACAGAAGAAGGCCAACGUAUUGCUGGUGGUGUGCUGGUUGGAACAGGAUUAUGGUUUGCUAUUAUCUUCGUUAUGAGGAAUGCCCUUAAGUAUCUGCUCUCUUGGCACGGCUGGAUGAGUAACCGUCAUGGAUCUCUGACCUUAAAGACAAAGAUUUGGUUGGUGUUGGUGAAGUUAUUCUCUGGGCCAAAGCCAAUGCUGUACAGCUUCCAGAGUACACUGCCCCGGUUACCUGUGCCUCCUGUGAAAGACACUGUUAAAAGAUAUCUUGAGUCAGCUCGUCCUUUGAUGGAUGAUGAACAGUACAAACGAAUGGAGGGGUUGGCAAAAGACUUUGAGAAAAACUUGGGCCCCAAACUCCAGUGGUACCUGAAGCUCAAAUCCUGGUGGGCUUCUAAUUAUGUCAGUGACUGGUGGGAGGAGUAUAUUUACCUUAGAAGUCGUGGACCAAUCAUGGUCAACAGCAACUACUAUGCAAUGGACUUCCUCUAUGUGUUUCCCACUACUCUCCAAGCUGCCCGUGCUGGCAAUUCCAUCCACGCCCUCAUGAUGUACAGAAGAAAACUUGACAGAGCUCAAAUCAAACCAUUAUACUUGCUGGAGAAUCGAGUGCCACUGUGUUCAGCACAGUGGGAACGCAUGUUUAACACAUCCCGCAUCCCUGGGCCUGAGACAGAUGUUCUUCAGCAUGUGAAUGAGAGCAAGCACAUUGCUGUGUUCCACAAGGGCCGCUUUUACAAGGUGUGGAUGUUUUAUGACGGACGGUUGCUGUUGCCCCGUGAGAUUGAGCAGCAAAUUGAAAGGAUCCUAGCAGACGAGUCUGAACCUCAGCCAGGGGAGGAGCUGCUGGCUGCGCUGACUGCAGGUGACAGAGUUCCCUGGGCCAAAGCCCGCUCACAGUUCUUCAGCAAAGGAAAGAAUAAGCAGUCUUUGGAUGCUGUGGAGAAGGCUGCUUUCUUUGUUACUCUGGAUGAUACCGAGCAAUGUUACGAGCAUGAAAAUCCAAUCCAGUCCUUGGACAGCUAUGCCAAAUCUCUACUCCAUGGAAAAUGCUAUGACAGAUGGUUUGAUAAAUCGUUCAACCUGAUUGUGUUCAAGAAUGGCACUAUGGGAUUGAAUGCUGAACACUCCUGGGCUGAUGCUCCUAUCAUCGGCCACCUUUGGGAACAUGUGUUGUCAUCAGAUCCGGUGAGACUAGGCUAUGCUGAGGAUGGUCACUGCAAAGGGAAUCUUCACCCCAGCCUGCCUGGACCCCAGAGACUGAAAUGGGAUAUCCCAGAGGAGUGCCAGACAGUGAUCAAUAACUCUCUAAAAGUGGCUAAAACUCUGGCGGACGAUGUCGACAUGCACAUCUUCCCCUUUAAAAACUUUGGCAAAGGCCUGAUCAAGAAAUGCAAGACCAGCCCAGAUGCUUUCAUUCAGAUUGCCCUCCAGCUGGCACAUUUCAGGGAUAAGGGCAAGUUCUGCCUGACAUACGAAGCAUCCAUGACACGUUUGUUUAGAGAGGGCCGUACUGAGACCGUCCGCUCCUGUACCAAUCAGACUUGUGAUUUUGUCCGUGCCAUGAUGAGUGAUAGUGCGACGAGAGAAGAGAAGUUGAAGCUGUUGAAAGUUGCAGCAGAAAAGCACCAGGAAUUAUACAGACUGGCCAUGACGGGCAACGGCAUCGACCGUCAUCUUUUCUGCCUCUACUUAGUAUCCAAGUAUCUGGGUGAAGAUUCAGCUUUCCUCAAAGAGGUGCUGUCUGAACCCUGGAGGCUUUCUACCAGUCAGACACCACUGCAACAGGUCGAGCUGUUUGACUUAAAGAGACACCCAGAAUAUGUUACCAGUGGUGGUGGAUUUGGGCCUGUUGCUGAUGAUGGUUAUGGUGUUUCAUACUUUAUUCUUGGAGAGGACCUCAUCAACUUCCAUAUUUCCAGCAAACACUCCAGCCCAGAGACUGACUCUCGUCGCUUUGGUAGUAACAUUAAACAGGCAAUGCUUGAUCUCCUCGAUCUAUUCCAGCUUGACAACAAAGCCAACAACAAAUGAUUUAGCUUUUUUUGUUUUCUCUGUUCUACAAAAGGGAAUAAUUAUAAAAUAUUUAAAUUGAGAGCUAAUCCUCCUCAGGCAUGUACAGAUCAAUUGUUGGUUAAAUUGUAAUUAUAAUGAAAAGAACAGGGAUUUAAAAUGGAUGGUGCAUUGUUUUCAGGCAUUUUUGUUAUUGCAUUAUUUUAGAGGGUAAAAGACAAGAAAUACUUCAUGGUUGGGGCGUUAUAUUGCCGAUUGUGUGCAGUUUGUGUUUGUGCUGGGAUGUAUGCAUUGUUGCCUACAUUUCUGGAAUGGACAUGACAGGGCUAGAAAAGCUCCUCUAAAGAUCUAGGAAAUUCCUGUUGCCUUUCUUUGCUGUACACUCAGCUGAACUAACUAGUUUGUUUUUCUCAGUUGAAUUUCUUAGACUCGGGUUUGUAACUAAUUUAUUCACUUUAUGUGGCUUGAAUGUUGUGGCUAGAGUAACACUGUGACAGCUUAGCUAUAAAGGAAGCAUGUGGGCCAUAUAUAUUAAACGUUGGACAUUACGACAAAUACUGUAUAGGGCAACAAUACUUUUUUUUUUCAUUCACUUCUGUUAAGGUCUUUAGUAUUUACUGUCAACAAGUCUCUUUUUUAUAGAAUCACCAAUGGUUAGUCAAAUCAACAUGACAAGAAUUUGGAGCCUGUAAAUUUGUGUGUUUUGGCCAGUUAUGGAACACUUCUGCUGCUGUAUGUUGAAACUAUGAUUUUUAACCAAUGUGUGAGGUAAUAAGUGCCUAUAUAUGCCAAUUAUAACAACAGAGGGAGUUAAAUAAGGUGGGAAAAGUGUAGUAGUUCAUUUUUAAUGCCUUUUGAAUGCACCAAUACUAAAGCCAAGUAUCAAAGGCAUCAUAUAAAUGAUGAUGGACUUUUUUUUUUUAGAACAAAUUGGGAUAUCCCCACAGGUAUAUAAGGGAUACCAAUAUGUAUUUCUGUAUAUGUUGUUUCUGAAUGACAGAAAGAGUGCUAUUUAUUUAUUGGUUAAAUCAUUGAUUCCUCAUCAGAUAUUUUUGAAAGUGUGCUCAUGGAUUUAUUAAAUAAUAAUAAUUACUGAUUGUAAAAAUAAAUGAAUGAAAAUAUAUAGAAUUUGAAGGGAAUGUGUCACUUAAGUAAAAUGGGUUCUGCAUUGCAUUUUAUAUUUGUAUUAUGUUUUCCAUAGAACACAUGUUUACAGCAAAGGUUUGAUAUAGGAACUCAAUGUAAAUGUAAUCCAAAACACAUUUUAACACAAUAAAGGUUUGACUUCAAAGAG